GCAUUGAUGAUGGUGGCCUGUGACAUCCCAGCAGCAAGAAAGACAAGUGGGUUCACCUCACACAACAGUACAUGCACAUGUUACAAGUGCAACAAACAUUUCCCUCACUUGGAAAAUGAUGUCAAUGUUGACUUUCGUGGGUUUGACUUCUCUCGGUGGGUGCUUCGUGACGGUGUAGAGAACAGGUUGCAUGCUGAGAAGUGGGAAAGUGCUAGUACCCCCUCAGAAAGGCAUCGGCUGGAGGUCAAAAAUGGUGUUCGAUGGUCGCAGUUGCAUUGCCUAGAAUACCUUGAUCUAGUACGUGGAAUGAUCAUCAAUCCCAUGCAUAAUUUAUUCUUGGGAACGCCUAAAAGAUUGAUGGAUUGUUGGAUCAAAGACAAAGACAUUCAAGAUGGCGAUUUUGCGGCAAUCCAAAAGACUGCAGAAACAAUGAUUGUGCCUGGUGGAUACACCUCUUUGAACUCGAAAAUAGGAAAGCAGUUUUUGUAUAUGAAGGCAGAUGAGUCAAAGUCAUGGAUGCUUGUAUACUUGUCAGUUCUGUUAAAAGAUGCUCUUGCAAAAAACAGAUUUGAAAACUGGAUUAACUUUGUUGAUGCAUGCUGCCUAUUGAUCAAGCCAACAAUCACGUUCGAUGAAGUCAACACUGCCUAUCAGUUUCUUCAAACUUUUUGCACCAGAUGUGACGAGCUGUACAACGCCGAAAUCCUCACCUGUAAUAUGCACCUACACCUCCAUCUUCGAGAUACAAUUCAUGAUUUUGGACCAGUGUAUGCUUAUUGGCUAUUCGGGUUCUAG